AAGCGACUGGGUUGACUAGUCCGACUGAUUUCGUUCGUUUUAUGGGAAUGCAGUCACCUGAACGGAUUUGUGGGAAGGGAGGAACUUUUCGAUGUCUGCAGAUUACGGAUUUGCCGUACAAGGCCGUAUGUGUGGGUUGGUGUGCUGAGCCAUAAACUCAGGAAAAAUGAGGACCUUGUGCUGCUCUGUAUUGCUUCACCACUUUCCCAUGAAAUGGAACAGCUGUUCCUGAUUGGCUGAGCCUCUCCUCUUGCUCCAGGCCCAUGAGGUAACCCCGACAGUAAUUGGUGAUGCCCGUCGCAGGGCCGUGAUGGGGCAGAGGGUCUCGGGCGUGGUGAAAUCUGCCGAGGAGUGCGAGGGGGCUGCGCUGGCCUUGCAGGUAGCCCUUGUGCCCCUUGGCAGGCAUGGACAAGGACACGGGCUAGGCCACACGUUCUCACCGCGCCUGGAGCUGCUGCUAGACAUGCCUCCAGCAGACCUUGCCACUCAGCUUGAGCACGCUUGGAACCCUGAAGAUCGCUCACUCAACCUGUUCAUCAAAGAUGAGGACCGGCUCACAUUCCAUCGCCAUCCAGUAGCACAGAGUACAGACUGCGUGCGAGGUAAAGUUGGUUUCGCACGUGGCCUGCAUGCCUGGACUAUCCGGUGGCCUGUGCGGCAACGUGGCACACACGCCAUGGUUGGGGUCGCAACCUCUCGGGCACCGCUCCAUGCUGUUGGGUACACGGCGCUUGUUGGCAGCGAUGCAGAAUCUUGGGGAUGGGAUUUGGGGCGGGGCAAACUUUACCAUGACAGGAAGAGCCAUACGGGCCCAGCGCCUUCAUACCCAUGUAGCCAGAACGAGGAUGAUGAGGACACGUUCUCCGUACCUGAGGAGGUGCUGGUGGUCUUGGACAUGGAUGAGGGCACAUUAGGGUUUUGCGCUGAUGGUCACUUCCUAGGCACUGCCUUUCGGGGCCUCAAGGGAAGGAAGCUUUAUCCGAUCGUCAGUGCGGUAUGGGGGCACUGCGAGGUCACAAUGACGUACAUCAACGGACUUGAGCCUGAGCCUCUACCACUGAUGGAACUAUGCAGGAGAGCAGCUCGUCAAGCUCUGGGCCGACAUCGCAUCCACCACAUCCACACACUCCCCCUGCCCCAGACUCUCAAAAACUACCUGCAGUACCAGUGAGAGUCACGCACAGCCCUGAACUACAGCACCAGUGACCUCAAUGCACAGCUGAACAUCCUACAGACUCCUUGUUUAGUCUUUUCUUUUCAUUAAUUUUUUUAAAAAAAUUUUUAAGCAAGACUCCACUUACACCCGAGUGAAAAGAGAAGUCUAUAUUAUUUGCAUUCAAUUUAGUUCUUGCCAGUCCUCACCUGCUAUCUAGUAUUACCAUGAUAGUUUAUCGAGUUAGCUUCCUUGCAAACUUGGCUUGUUUUGAAUUGCACAUUGCAAUAGUAAGCCAAUUGUUAACAAGCUUGCUAAGUGAACUUGGCUAGCUACUGAACGUCAAAUAUCUGCUGCUGGAGAGGAAAACAGCAUCGUGUCUUGCCUAGCUUAGCUAUUGUACUUAUUUUAUUGUGUAAUUACAGCCAAUUUCAUUAGCUACACAGUACAUUGAGCCAAAGAGGAUGAAGAAAGGCUAGUGGUGAUGUCAUGUACACCCAACCCUGAUCUCCACCCCCCUCCUCCCAAUCCAAAACUUGCUUCUCCCGAAAGCAUAGCAAAUUGUAGCAUCCGAUGUUGACAAUGGUGCUUCGGACAUUCACUUUUACAAUAUGUUCGGGUAAAAAGCAGAUUGGACUGAGCGUCUUCCAUAGAUAAUUAUGAUGUUUGUUAAUUUUUAUGUCACACUAAAUAUAUUUAAUUAUAACAGAGUCCUCCAUAUCAUGCACCUAAACACCAGGUCUUUCUUUUUUUUUUUAAACAUUUUAAAUAAAUUGUCUUCGCUGAGUGAGUACAGUGA